AUGCGGGUGCCUGGAGCGUGGAGAAUCAGCGCCGGUGGCGUCCCGGUGGCACCACCACCCACCGGGGCGGCGCGGCGUGCGGAGAUCGCGCGUAUCCGUGCCUCCCUGCCGCUGGCGGCGGGGGAAGGACCGCGAUGGGUUGUGAUUCUGGUCAUGCUCCUUGUUAUGAAUGGCGUCUUAGUUGGCAGGAGGUUCAGCAUGGAGUUCCGGCUUGUCUUCUGGCUGAUCAAUGGGCUGAUAUUCGUAACAUUCAUCUCCAUCCUCGUAAUCUUAAGAGCAAUCACCCACAUGACAUCUCUCAACAUCUUCGUCUACAUCCUUGCUUUCAUGCUGAUUGGAUGGGCCCUGCUUCUGAUUGCCCAUGUGAUCAAGCAUUUUAUCGAGACGGUUGGGCUCUGGGGAUCAGUAAAGGCCCGGGGCUAUGAGAUCCUCAUGGGGCUCCUCCUGUUCACGCUCAUCACGUUCCUGGCGUGGUUCCCAUUCGCGUUCGAGUGCACCCGGAACAAGGAGUAG